UAAGAACUAAACAGCUAAACACUGGAACUGUGCAGGUGGGCAAGAAUUUUAAUUGCUCCUUUUCCAUUUAUAGGGCCAAAGAUGAAGGAGUGUGUGUUCCUGACUUUGCAAGUUGUAACAAGAUUUAUUUUUCAUGAAAAAUCUUAAUAAUAGUGGUUAGUUUAAAAAAAAAAAGUUGUUCUCUAACAUGUUUCAAGUACAUUAUAGAGUAGAUACAUAUUUGUGAUCAUCUCUGAUCUUAAUUUGUUAAAAGAAUAUGCAUUCUUUGUUUCAAAGCAACUUCUAAAACAGUUGCUUAAGAAGUUGACCUUACUUAAAUUUAUGAAUUAGAGGACAAUUGAGUGAAUUACUAUCAAACCUUUUUAUAGUUUUCAUUACCCUAAUAAUUAAUACAGAUUCCUGUAAUAGUCUUAGAAAGAGGAAAAGUGUGUUUUAUUUAAGAGUCUUAACACAUUUGUUUUUAAGUGAACCACCCCAUCUUCUGUGUGUCUCUUUGGGUCCGUUUUAAAAAUUACAAUCAUACUGCCUGAAAACUGACCCAUAAAAAAGCAUGUGUUUAGCAGGGCACACUCGGGAGACUGAAGCAGGAAGAUCGCAAUUUCAAAGACAGCUUCAGCAAUUUAGUGAGGCCCUAAACACUUGGUGAGAUCCUGUUUCAAAAAAUAAAAAGGGCUGAGGAUGUAACUCAGUGGUUAAGCACCCCUGGGUUCAAUCCCCAGUACCAAAAAAGAAACAAAAACAUAAGUUCAAAGUAACCCAUAGAAGUAAGCCUAUUCAAGUUAAUUCAGGGUCUUUUAGUGGUUGUCCAGGCAGUAAAAGAGAUCUUUGUAAGAUUAAAGUGGAUGGUUCUACUGAAAUGCCACUCUUUGAAGGACCCCACUGACUUUUUUGUUUUCAUUCUCUGUUCUCUAUAGCAUUUAGUAAUAAUUUAUUUAGCAAAUAUCUGUGUGUCAAAUAUGUAUCAGAACACUGAUAGGCCUUGGGGACAUAAAAUGGAACAAUUGCCUUCCAGUAGUUACCUACAUGAGAAGUGUGGGAGACCAACCUCACACAUGACUGAGUUAACUCCCCUGCUGGGCGAUGUGGCUUCAGGCACCCAUGCUGCUAAACUGUCCCACUCUUUUCUAGGGUUCUAGUGACUGUCUUCUUUGUGUCUGGGCGUGUCUUCCUACAGCCCAAUGGGUGGAGCUAUGCUCACCUGUUCCUUUGUUAUAUUACCCCUUAUCCUGUUUAGGAUAGAAUGUUCCAUGGAAGUGCCUUGUGUAUGUCCCCUUCUCUUACUGUGCCCUUGGGUGUGGCCUACCUAGAUGUCAACCUGCUGACAGUGGACAUCAUGAAGAUAGACUCAGCCCCUUGAAACCUGACCCUUUGCCUCUUUUGAAUAGCUUCUCCUCAAUAAAAGGGGUCAGUGCAUUCUCUCUCUCUCUCUCUCUCUCUCUCUCUCUCUCUCUCUCUCUCUCUCUUCCUGCGGACCCUUAAGGUCAGUGGAGCCAUCACAGCGACCCCAAAGAAAAAGGUAUUUGUGCAGCCCAGUUAGCCCAGUUUACCUGGAGUGAUCCCUGAGCCUUUUAGUCCUGAGAACAGAAACCUGGCAGAGAAGACUGACAGUUAUAAUACGAAGUGAAAAGAAUUAGAGAUGUAAGUUGAGAAAGGUGCACUUUUUUGUUUAAUCAUUGUCUUUUGAAAAUGACCUUAUGUUUGGUUUAAAUUUCUUUUGAAGAACUCCCAUCAGUGACACUUCCCCCUUAUUCCCAAAUUCUGGGUAUUGCCUGAGGUUUGAUUUUAAGCCUGGUUUACUUUUUCCCUAGGUCUCAUCUGCUGUUGUGCUUAAAAAAUUCAAGAAAUACUUGCUGAGUGCUUAGGUAGAAAGAAUGGUCUAAAUACAGAUAAUGCCACAAAUUGUCUCUUGUCUGAUCCCCAAACUCCCAAGUCCACAUGAAAAGGAACUCCAGAGUUGUGUUGCAGAGUUGGAUCUCAUCAUCAGAGAACCAUUACCCAACUUGGUAGAUAAUUAAGCAGGAAUACAAUAGGCUUCAUGCAUUAAAUAGUACUUUUGAAAUCAAAUUAGUUCCAAGAACUUCCAACUACCUACAGAAUAUUUUCUUAAAAAUUGAAAAUGCCACAAUUCCCACAACAAAAUAAAAUACAAAACAAUCUCUUUACAUACCCUCUUGGAAUUCUCUGCUAAUGGCACCACUAUUUAUUUCUAGUCUCCCCUGCUCUAGAGCCAUAAUAGCUUGAACUCCUUACCUUAAUCAGUCACAAGAGCCUUGAAGCUCUUCACAAUCACUGCUCUCUUCAGGUUUUCAAUACCUGGUUCCUGGAUUGUUCUAUUGGUCUCCUAAUUUGAGUUCCUUCCUUCAUCUCUUCUCUAAGGGGUUCCAUAUUUCUAGAUGCUGCAUCCAAAUUCAUAAUUUUCACUAACUCCUUGUUAUCAGCAGAACUGUAUUUGUAAAUCACAGUUUGUAUCUGGACCUUCUCCUGCCCCAGUCUCUGUUUCAUUCACAUAUGGGAAAUGCCCAGGCACCUAUGAGCUGGCUUGGCCCCUUCAUCCUUGUUGAAAUAUCACCUACAGGUUGGAGAGGUAACAGCCCCAGUCUGCUGUAGUCUUGCCCUCCACAUACCUGUAGCCUUUAAUUCAACCAGCAGUUUGUGGGUGCCAGUUAUUACUGGACUGCACUGCAUCAUUGGCUGUCAUUUACUUCGAGGCUGGAUAGCUUUUUACCUUUUCAAUUAAGUGGAUGCACUGAUAGCCCCUGGAGCUAGGGACUAGGGACGGUUUUCUCCCGCUUUGAUGACUAGAUAAUGAAUCAAAUUAGUAUUUUCACACUCCAGAGUAUUUUCACACUGUCCUGGGAGACUGGUUCCACUUGAAUGGAAUUUACUGGUCUGGGAUUUGAACCAGUGCACCACACCUGUGAUCACAGGCAGAUGAGGGAGGCUAGAUUAAAGCUACGGUCCUAUUUGGUACAUUCUCUGCCAGCUCACGCUCAGCGGAGCGUCUGGGUAGCGGUUCCAUACCGGACCAAGCUACUUUUGACCCUCUGCAGCCGCCGUCCACAGAGCCAGCUGAGCCCCAAAGGCCUUAGCGAGCACAGGCUCCGGCGACGGCUGACCCCUGACCUGGGCUCUCCGCGCAGUGGGCCAAGAGGCAUGUUAGUUUUCUGCCACCUACAGGACAGACAAUGAAGCUGAAGGAACUUGAGCGGCCAGCUGUCCAAGUGUGGAGCCCAGCCAGUCAGUAUCCUGUGUAUCUGGCCACAGGAACAUCUGCCCAACAGCUAGAUGCCUCCUUUAGCACAAAUGGCACAUUGGAAAUCUUUGAGGUUGAUUUCAGGGAUCCUUCUAUGGACUUGAAACAAAAAGGAGUCCUUUCUGCCUCGAGCAGGUUUCACAAGCUGAUUUGGGGAAGCUUUGACAAUGGGCUUCUGGAAAGCUCCGGGGUUAUUGCAGGUGGUGGAGACAAUGGCAUGCUUACUCUGUACAAUGUGACCCACAUCCUGUCUUCUGGAAAGGAGCCUGUGAUUGCCCAGAGACAGAAGCACACAGGAGCUGUCAGAGCCCUUGACUUUAAUCCUUUCCAGGACAACCUGCUGGCCUCAGGGGCAAGUAAUUCUGAAAUAUUCAUUUGGGAUUUGAAUAAUCUGAGCGUUCCAAUGACCCCAGGAUGUAAGUCACAGCAGCCCUUAGAAGACAUCAAGGCACUCUCUUGGAACCGGCAAGUCCAGCACAUUCUGUCUUCUGCUCAUCCCAGUGGCAAGGCAGUUGUAUGGGAUCUCAGGAAGAAUGAACCUAUCAUCAAAGUCAGUGAUCAUAGCAGCAGGAUGCAUUGCUCGGGCCUGGCCUGGCACCCAGACAUAGCUACCCAGUUAGUGCUGUGCUCAGAAGACGACCGUCUCCCAGUGAUUCAGUUGUGGGACUUACGUUUUGCCUCCUCACCCCUGAAGGUGCUAGAGAGCCACAGCAGGGGAAUUUUGUCAGUGUCAUGGAGCCAAGCUGAUGCUGAGCUGCUGCUCAGUAGUUCCAAGGACAACCAGAUCUUGUGCUGGAACCUUGGGAACAGUGAGGUGGUGUAUAAGCUACCCACACAGAGCAGCUGGUGCUUAGAUGUUCAGUGGUGCCCUCGGAACCCUCCAGUGUUCUCUGCUGCCUCCUUUGAUGGCUGGAUCAGUUUGUACUCUGUCAUGGGUAGGAGCUGGGAAAUCCAACACAUGGUACAGGCUGACAAGAUCUCCUCUUCCUUCAGCAAAGGCCAGCCUCUUCCACCAUUUCAGGUACCAGAGCAUGUGGCCCAAGCAUCAUUGAUACCUCCCUUGAAAAAGCCCCCAAAAUGGAUUAGAAGGCCAGCAGGUGUUUCAUUUGCUUUUGGGGGGAAGCUGGUCACUUUUGGCCUUUCCAGUACCCCUUCCCAGAAGUUGCCACAGCCUUGUCCCCGCCUUGUCUUCAUCAGUCAAGUCAUUACAGAAUCUGAAUUCCUGAUGAGGUCACUUGAGCUUCAGGAGGCCUUGGGAUCAGGAAAUCUCAUGAAAUAUUGUCAGAACAAGAGCCAGCAGGCUUUGCUGCCAUGUGAAAAGAUGCUCUGGCAGUUCCUGAAGGUGACUUUAGAGCAAGACUCAAGAAUGAAAUUCCUAAAGCUUUUAGGGUACAAUAAAGAUGAGCUUCUAGAGAAGGUGACCACAUGGUUGAAGAGGGACUUGGGGCCAGCAGAGAGUCCUCAGCCCAAGAAAGAUAACUUUAAUAGUAACAGACAACAAGUCUUCUGCAGCCAGGCCUCCAAACAUACUACAGAGGAUGCCUCUGCAUCCUCAGCCUUCUUUGAUGAGCUGGUUCCUCAGAAUAUGACCCCAUGGGAGAUCCCCAUCACAGAAGACACUGAUGGACUCCUGAGCCAGGCCCUGCUGCUUGGGGAACUGAGUUCUGCUGUGGAGCUGUGUCUGAAGGAAGAGCGUUUUGCUGAUGCUAUCAUCUUGGCUCAGGCUGGGGGCACAGAUCUGUUGAAACGGACACAGGAGCGCUAUUUGGCCAAGAGGCAAACCAAAAUUUCCUCGCUUCUAUCCUGUGUUGUACAGAAGAACUGGAAGGAUCUGGUGUGUUCCUGUAGCCUGAAGAACUGGAGAGAGGCACUGGCCUUACUGUUAACAUACUCAGGGCCAGAGAAAUUCCCUGAGCUCUGUGACAUGCUGGGGACUCGCAUGGAGCAGGAGGGUGGCAGGGCAUUAACCUCUGAAGCUACACUCUGUUAUGUGUGCUCAGGGAAUGUGGAACAGCUAGUAGAGUGCUGGGCAAAAGGCCACCAGGCCUCAUCCCCCAUGGCUCUGCAGGACCUGAUAGAGAAGGUAAUGGUCCUUAACAGGAGCUUGGAACUUCAGCAGGCUCCUAAUGGGAUAAGCCCAGGCCCUACCACAACCUACAGGAUCACCCAGUAUGCCAACCUCCUGGCAGCUCAGGGCAGCCUUGCCACUGCCAUGAGCUUUUUACCCAGUGACUGUGCUCAGCCACCAGUUCAGCAGCUAAGAGAUCGGCUUUUUCAUGCCCAAGGUUCUGCUGUCCUGGGUCAACAGUCCCCCCCUUUUCCCUUUCCCUGGGUUGUUGUGGGAGCUACCACCCGCUUCAAAGAGACAUCAUCUUACAGAUUGGGAUCCCAGCCUUCUCACCAGGUUCCAAGUCCAUCUUCAAGGCCUACGGACACAUUUCAGCCAUCACUAGUAAUGCCCUUGACACCCUCCUAUCAUAUCCCCUGUCAGAGCUCCAGGAUGAAGACUAUAAGUGACUACAGGACACCUGAACCCCAGGCAAUCCAGCCUUUGCCUUUGGGCCCUGGGGUCAGGCCUGCUUUAUCUCAGCUGCAACUAUUAGGAGGACAAAGGGCUCCACCCUCAAACCCUGUGAGAUUCCCUGGAACAUGGCCUGUUUCUGGUCUUCCUCCACUCAUGGCAGCCCCAGACAUCAUGGUGCCUGGCUCUACUUCUCUGUCUGAGACUCCUAGACUACUCCCUCUGCCUUCUGUGAGACCACCAGGUCCUAGCCCUCUGAGCUCCCAGCUCCUGGCCCCUCCUGCCUACUCUCCUGUAACUUACCCUCCCGGAGGGCCAGGUGCUCCAUGCUCUAGCUCUCUCUCAAGUGCUAGCAUCUUGACCCCUCAUCAAGGACCUCAAAAUUCGUGGAAAAAUGUUCCUACCCCUCAAGGAAAUCUCCAGAGGAAAAAGCUCCCAGAGGUAUUUAUGCCUCUAGCACCAAUUACUGCUCCAGUUAGGAGCCUUAUCCCUGAGCCACAACGGGUCCUUCCAUCACAGACCCCCAUUUCCAGUGUGAAUCAUGCUCCCCCUGGAGCUCCAGGAGAACUCAGCCUACAGCAACGUCAGCAACUACCUCCUAAGAUGAUAGAAAGAAAGGCACUGCCCCCAGAGCAUCAGUCCUUGAAGACCAGCUUUGAGGCACUUCUCCAGCACUGCUCCCUUUCUGCAACUGACUUAAAGACAAAAAGGAAGCUGGAUGAGGCUGCCCAACGUCUAGAAGGUCUAUAUGAGAAACUCUGUGAGGGGACGCUCUCACCUCAUGUCCUGGCUGGGCUACAUGAAGUUGCCCGAUGUGUGGAUGCAGGAAGCUUUGAGCAGGGCCUCGCAGUGCACGCCCAGGUGGUGGGCUAUAGCAGCUUCAGCGAAGUAUCCAGCUUCAUGCCUAUCCUGAAGGCUGUCCUCACCAUUGCACACAAGCUGCAGGGCUAAGCCAGUCAGCCUCUCUUGCCAAGAGGCCACUUCUGUAUUACUUAACUACCCCACCGCCCCGCAGAGAAGAAAAAUUGUGCAACAGAUUCUGUUUGUUUUUCCCCACUUUCUUCCUUUGCUGCCAGGUAUAUGAUGCUGUGGACUUGGCUCCAAACCAGCUGAGUUCCUGUUUUGUUUUUUUUUUACCCCUUUAUGCCUGACCACCUCCUGUCUAUCCAAAACACUCAGCGCUGGAGGCAGGACAUAGAGCCAGGUCUUACUUUCCCUAAUAUAGUUUUCUGACAGGACCUAGGCCAUGAGGUCUUCUCCCCCAGGGAUAUUCUGUUCGAGUGGCUUGUGAUAGGGUGAACAGGGUCAUUACUUCCAAUUCUACCUCUACUGUGACCUAUCUUGGGAAUCUUUUGUUUUUCCCUUCUGAGGUUUGUGAGCCUGACCUUACCUUCUCCUUGCCUCUGAUUUUAUAUUUCCAGAUCCAUAUUCCCUUGUAGCCCCAGCAGCUGGGGACAAGUUGGGUGCUGUUUACCAUUCAAACAAGUCAUAGACAUGAGGGUUUGCAGUUGAACAGAACCAAGAGAGGAAGUUCUAGUCUUUUAAAAAUGGAACCUGUCAUGUGCCAGCAUUUUUUAAGGGUAAGCAAAGUUAAGGAGCAGGCAGAAGGGGUGAACUGCCUUUUGCUGGAAGCUAUCUUAGGCUAUGAGAUAGGAGCAGAGGGACAACAGCCUACAAAGGAAUGGUCUUCAACUCCACAUUUGAGCCUGGCCCAAGGACUUAAGCUAUUCAUUCUGUGAUUAUAAGCCCUAUUCUGGAAUAGGAACCAUAUUAACAAAAGAUGUCUUCUAGCCCUGCUCCUCAAGGGUUGGGAUUCUUCUUCCCCUCAGCCACCAUAUAUCUCAGGGCUUCCUUCUCUGGCUGCAUUUUCAUGGUAGGAAUUCUGCAUUUGAUGUAUGAUAUAUUUAAUAAUGCAAUAAAGCUGCUUUGAUUUGGUUUGCUCA